ACGUUCUGACCAGCACUAUUUCCAAGAUAUUGUGUAUCUUUUUUCCGGUUCAUUUCUUCUAUCUCCAUCUGUUGUUGGAACCUUCUAGUUACCUGUAGGUCUGCUCCUGUGCCACCAGCUUCUACAGUAUUUGCCUGCUCUUGGAUAGGACUGCCUUCUCUUCCUCCUUCCGAAUCCCACUCUCUAUUCUGUGUGUUUUUUCCACGCGCCACCCAUAAAUUUGACUCUGAAAUUUUAGUUCCGUUGCCGUCUUGCCUGAUUCCAGCUUUUUCAGCCAAUGAAGAAAUCGACCGGAGUCCCAGAGCUGAAAGAUCUGGCCCAUAUCUUGGUAAGUUUGAGUUAUCAAUAGCCAUUGCCUUCUCCUCUUUGCAGCUUCUCUUAUCAUGACCUAUCCUUCCACAAUUAUAGCAAUAAUCAUAUAACCUUUCAUAUUUGAAUGAAGCCCAAGAAUAGCUGCCAUCAUUUCUCUUUGUUUGUUCUUCGGUCCAAGUCUUAAGUUCAGUAUUUGGAUUGAUAUGCUGUUACUUAUCCCAUUCUACUUCUAAUUACCUUUUGAACCUUCCUUCAAAUCCUCAUUUAAUUCUUAAUUGUGUUUAUAUAAAAGCCUUCAACCUCUUCAUUCUGCUUCACCACCAAUCACCGCCACCAUCACCAUUUCCCUUAUCAUCAUCCUUUCACCAUUUUUUUCUGCAAAAUCAGAAACUUUAAACUGAUUUUGCAUCUGGGGUUGUGCCAAAUUUCUAACUUGUAACUGAAGUUUAAACCUUUUUCACUUCUCAACAGAACUUACCAUACAUAUAUAGCACAAAAGUGAAGAAGCUACUUUUCAAUUUUAAAUUUUCAAUUUUUUUUCAUCAUGAGUACAAAAUCUGAUUCAGGCAAUGUAUUGAAUAAUUCUGAUGCAAUUGUGAUCUCUGGGAAGAUCAUGGUUGCAGUAGUGGUAUUGCUGUCAUUGGUGUUUGUUUUUGUCUUUAUGCUUCAUCUCUAUUCCAAGUUUUCAAUGUGGCGUGUUCAGCAAGAAACCUCCAUUCCUUCACCACAAAUCCGCCGUCACCGCCGCCACCGCCGCCAUCGCCACCUUGUAUUCGCCUCUGCCGAAGACGCUAUCCUCCAUGGAACUCAAAAUGUUGGGCUUGACCCUUCAAUUCUUAAGUCCAUACCUGUGUUGGUGUUCCAACCCCAUGAAUUCAAAGAGGAUUUAGAAUGUGCUGUUUGCAUAUCUGAGCUUGUUGAAGGUGAAAAGUUUAGAGCUUUGCCACGUUGCAAUCAUGGGUUCCAUGUUGAUUGCAUUGACAUGUGGUUCCAAUCACAUUCUACUUGUCCCCUUUGUAGGACACUAGUUACUGGAAAACUCUCUAAGCUAAAUAAUAGCACUCCAAGUGUUCGAGAGAAUGUCACAGAGAACAGUGAGUCAUCAUCAGAGGCUGAAAACUCUGCUGAUGUGAAUACCAAUGAUGAGUCUUCAAAUUUUCCCACACAUGUGUUGGUUUGGGGUGAUCAAACACAAUUUUCACACACUACUGAGGAUCCACAUUGCUCAUCAUCAUCUGGUUCAUGUUCUUCAAGCAGUGAGAGUGGAAGUGAUAGUUGCACUAGUAGCAGCAGCAAUGGAAGAAACAAUAAUGGAGUGUUGGUGAUUGAUAUACCAAAUGAUGAGGUCAUUCCUGAAGAUGAUGAUGAGAUGAAAUCAUCAUCACCAAUGGUAGCAAGAUUGAGGUCAAUCAAGAGGCUUCUAAGUAGGGACAAAAAGUCAACUAGUCCUUGUAUUCCCAAUUCUUUUGAUGUGGAACAAGCAUAGAAUUAGGAGUUUGUUGAUGUUAUUCAUUUCAAUUAUUAUUUAUUUUCAGUACAUAUUCUGAUAUUUCUCAAUUGAAACUGUUGUAAAAAGAAGGCAAAAUGAAAAGCUGGUGUAAUAUGUAGUUCUAUAAUAAUUUUCAUAUGUUUAAUUGUGAUCUUUUUGUUGUAGUUAGCUUGACUCAA